AUGGAUGCGCAGCUGGACAAGACCGAUACGGGCCAUGCAGUAGACGCGAAAAGUCGGCAUUCCCCAGAGACCGUGCUACCUCUUUUGAUUGAUCGUACGAGCUCAGAAGGGCCAGCAACAGCGACAGGAGACGUCUUGACCGUCGUGACUCGCAGUCCCGAAGCUGCCGCGUCUUUAGCGCCGUCGUCCAUGUCCUUGAAGGAGCAAUGGCAGCCGAAACGUCACGUGUGCGAGAGGUCAGACUGUGGCAAGAGCUUUGAUUCCAAGUGGGCUCUCAUUAGACACAUUCGCGUUCACACGGGCGAGAAGCCGUUCCCAUGCACGUAUCCGUCGUGUGACAAGUCGUUUGCCGAGAAAUCUGCGAUGACGCGACACUUGCAGACACAUUCGCGCGACAAGCCGUACAAGUGCACAUAUGCAGACUGUACCAAGAGCUUUAAGGGCAAGGACUACUUGGAGUUCCAUCUGAAAAUACAUGCGGAAGGUAACCCUUAUGCGUGCGACCACCCAAUGUGCUCCAAGACAUUUUGUAGUCCGAAGAGUCUGAAAAAACAUGUCCGAUUGUGGCACAACCCUGGCGGCAAAAGCACUUCGAUGGAGCAGCAGCUUAGGGAACGCAUCAUCAAGAUGGCGACACGCAACAAGGAGAAGACGCGCCAGUCUGAAUCGACGAUUCGGUCUCUCAUGGAGGAGAACGAGUCCCUCAAGCGGAAAAUAUUUGAACUCGAGAGUUGCCAGCAGCGAUUGUGA